GAGAAGCAGCCUCGCUCGCUGAGCAGCGAUGAGACCUCGGGAGGCUGCCCGAGUUCUGCAUCCUGAGCUGGGCCCAGGGGAGAGGGCCACUGGCUGACCCGGGGCUCCUGCCCCUGUGCUGACCCCUCCUCCCUUGCCAGUGCCACUCUGGCCCCUCUGGGAGGGGCUGGGGGCAGCAGUGGGGUGCGCUGGUGUAGUCCCAGCCCUCGCGGCAGGCCUUGAGCUCACACACGUGCCCCCACCAGGCCUGGUAAACAGGAUGGGUGCCUGGGUCAGCAGCUCCCUCCCUAGGUCUUCCCCGCCCCCUCAUUCCUUGGGGGUGGCCCGCCUGCCCAGCUCCCCAGCUCCACACCCAGCUUUCUCAGCUCAGAGCAGCCGGGAUGCUAACUGAGACGCCCCGAUGACCCCUCUCAGGGUCGCAGCCACUUCCUUCCCCGACAGAUGCCUGGCGUCCCCACUGAGGGCGGUCCUCCGGGUCCCAGGCUCUCUGUGGCUGGAAGGUGUGGAAGUGUGAGGCAGUCACCUUUAGGUGGCAGUAUGGGAGGGGACAGAGAUGGGAGAGACAAAGGCCGAUGGAAACGGAGAGGAAGGCUGAGGAAGGGCACCUGCAGCGGCAGGUGGCGUCCUGCCAUUCUGGCGUCCCCGACCCAGGCUGGCUUACACCUAGGGUGGGUCCUAUCCCGCUGGGUUCCCUACCCUGGCCCCCCUGAUGAGGUCCUGCCUGAUUCCUCUCUCCUAAGUCCCCCCCACCCCACCGCCUCUAGGAGAUACUACCAGCCUAUCACCUCAGAUGCGACCCCCUACCCUGCGCCCCAGACUCCUGGGGUUGGGAAAUGGGAACACUUUGGCACCGGUCUCAUCCCAUUUCCCCCUCCCUCCCUGAUGCACGGGCUCCCUCUCUGUUUCGACACAGGCUCUCAGACUCACAAUUACAGCUCACCUAUGGGUGGCUGGGCCUGAGUCACUGGGGGGAGGGACUCUGGGCUGCCCAGCCCUGCCACCUUCUUCCAAGCUACAGUAUAAGGAGUAGCGGCGGGGAUAAGGGCUCUGGGAAAACAGGGACAUCUGGGAAAGGAGAGAGAAGGCUGCAGACCUAGAGGAAGGGAGAACGAGAAGUCAGAAGGAAGGAGAGAAGGGAGGAGGGCACGCAGACGCAGGGAAAGAGAAAGGGCAAGCGAGUAAACUUGGGUGGGAAGAAGACACUCAGGAGAGAAGGAACGAGGCAGAGAUGAAGUUACAGGGGUGUCUGGCCUGCCUCCUGCUGGUCCUGUGCCUGAGCAGUGGGGAGGCUGGCCUACUGCUGAGUGGAGGGAGCUCUGGAGCAGGGGCCGUGGAGACCACUGGACACGGGGUGGGAGAGGCCAUUGGACAAGAAAUGGGAGAGGCCAUCAAGCACGGGGUCGGGGAGGCCACUGGCGGAGGGGAUGGAGAGGCAGCGGAUUCUGGAGUCAAGGAGACCAUGGGCCCCGGUGUGGGGGAUGCUCUCGCCCGUGGGGUUGAGGAAGCGGCCCACGCUCUUGGAAACACUGGGAGUGAGGCUGGCAGACAGGCUGAGAAUGUCAUUCAGCACGGAGUGGAUGCUGCCCACAGCUCCUGGCAGGGGAUGCCUGGCGGCAACGGUGCUUUGGCAGCUGUGGUCCAACCUACUUAUGGCUCAAGGAGAAGCAGCGACAACCCAAAUGCAGAGGGAAGCAGCAGUAAUGGCAGGAACAGCGGUGGCAGCAUCAGUGGUGGCAGAAGCGGCAGCAGCAACAGCAGCAGCGGUGGCAGUUCUGGGCUCCACUGGAACUCUCAGACGUUUCCUGGGCUCUUCAGCUUGGACACUUUCUGGAAGAAUUUAAAAUCCAAGCUGGGUUUCGUGAACUGGGACACCAUCAACAAGAACCAAGUCCCAAGUCUCAGGACUCGCAUCCUCCUCUACUUCAGUCGACUCUGGGAGAAGUUCAAACACAACACUCCUUUCUUGAACUGGAAAGCAAUUACUGAGAGCUAACCUAACGUACUCCACUUCGCCUCUAUGAAUAACAGACCAUCCUUCCAAGGACCAUAUAGAGAACAGCAUUUGGGAACAGGGAUUAAAAGGCCUAUGAGGGGAGCAGGGUUUGCUGCAGGCAGAAGGCGGGCUGGGGCUGAGGUGCCCAGCUCUGCCCCGGGAGCUUGUGCGGGUACCGCUCAUUUGUUAUUCUAGCUCCGGCUCCAGGUGCCUGGGUGGCGGAGGUGUUGCCAACCCGUUCUCUACCCUGGCUGCCCAAUGCUGAGUGUAGAAAUCUGUCCUGUGUCUAUCUGGGCCAUCAGUUUCCUCCAGGCCUUCUCUGUAGGCAGCACUUAUCACAGACUACUGAGAGGGGUGGGGUGGGCCAGGCGGGAUGCUGGGGCUCUAAAGGGAGGGCAGAGCCUGGGUGGUGGGAUGCUGGAGCCUCGAGAGUCCAGCAAGGCCUGAAGCACCACGGAGCCACCCUCACCGUGGUGCCCUCUCCCUUCGCAUCCGUGCGUCAUCGGACCAGAGGAGGGUAGGCGGUGCUGGUCAGGUGAGCCCCUCCCUCAGGAGGCCCUAGAAGGUCCCUGGUUCCUCUCAGCCUUGCUCCCGGGUGUGGCCAAUCUGCAGUUCUCUCUCCUCAUGCCCCCCGUUCUGUAAUUUUCUCAGCCUGGUACAGUAUGCCAAGAUGCGGCAGCUGUAACUUCUAAGGUAACUGCCACCCGACCACCUGAUUCAGACUUCACUUCUUUCCUUGGUCUCCUCGCCUCACCUCCCCAGGGACACUUGAGGAGCUGGGAAAGUUGGAGGGGGACGAGGGAGGCAGGGCCAUCUGGGCUGGGACCAUAAAGCGAGGUGAGGGUGUGGGCUCUGGCUCAAGGAGAUUCUGUAGAAGAAAACACAUGACACAAGGAGGGGAGGAGGCAGGGGCUUUGAGAAAGGUCCAGCCAGGGCCGGGAUGUGGGAGCAAAAUGCCUUCAUCCCUUCUCU